CCACACAUCCAGUUCGCAUAAUGGGUUUGCUGACUAUCAUACGCAAGAACAGACAGAAAGAGAAAGAGAUGCGCAUCUUGUUUCUGGGUCUCGACAACGCGGGGAAGACCACCAUCCUAAAGAAACUCAACGGAGAAGAUAUCCUGGGUGUCAGUCCAACACUUGGAUUCAAUAUCAAGACUUUUGUACACAACAGAUAUACUCUCAAUAUAUGGGAUGUGGGCGGACAGAGAACUCUCAGGCCUUACUGGCGAAACUAUUUCGAAUCAACCGAUGCUAUCGUCUGGGUUGUCGACUCAGGAGACCGCUUACGGAUGAAUGAUUGUAAGACAGAGCUACACAGUUUGCUCCUCGAGGACAGGCUCGCCGGGGCAUCGCUUCUUGUCUUCGCAAACAAGCAAGAUAUCCAAGGAUCCAUGACUGAUCAUGAAAUUGAACAGGCAUUGGAUCUCUCCUCUAUCAAGUCGCACGAAUGGAAGAUCUGGUCUUGCAGUGCCGUUACAGGACAGAACCUUCUAACGGGCCUCGAUUGGGUGGUCAACAACGUAGCGAGUAGGCUGUAUUACAGCACCGCUGUUGCCGCCAGUAUCGUCCCCAUUGCUUCUAACGAUCUCGUACAAACGAAGACAGUCCCUACGUCGGCAUAAUCGGAAAUCCUUUUUUGCGCUUCAUUCCUGAGACGAUCCGUCUGUGGGGCAUACGACUGGGGAAGCUUGGCUACAUGGCGCUAUGCUGCACCACAAGAGCAUAGAACUUGUCGUUUAGAUUCGUUCGGGUACCAUGGACGUUUUUUCACGUAUCUUUGUGUGACUCCAUCCGGGUCCCGUGAAGGGGCCCUGACUAGUCGCUCGAUACUUAUGCUCUGUUUGGGAUUGUGGACGAGAGACUCUUGUUUAGGACGCGUCGACUAUACUUUCAUCCAUGUGGCAGGUCAAGCCAUGAUUAGUCACCUUGAUCUUCUCCUUUUCGAAACUUC